AAAUAGUCCGUGGGGCGGCCAGAAAACUCCUGGUCCUGGGACCCAAGGGUGUUUAGUCGUCUUUUCUGCACGGUGGCGUUGUUCCACGCCAGCCGGCGUAGCUCCCGAGGGCAGUGAGUCCGCGGGAGACAGCAGGCGCGUGGGGAAAAGCCCGAGGCAGGGUAUGCAGCUGGCCAGAGGGCGCGGGACAAGAGGGCGGAGGAGCACCACCCGCUCCAUGAGUCCCUCAGCGAUUUCCUCGGAUCGGCGGCGCGGGGGCUGCUGGGACAUGGAGUCCGGUGGGACUGGGCCUGUCCCGGAAGCGAGUCGCGGGCGGAAGUGAUCCGCGAAGAGCUGGGCUCUCGCCGCGCUUCAGGGUCAGUUCUUGUGCAUCCGCGGUGGUCGCUUUCUUGGCGGAGUUUCUGGGCCUCCGGCCGGCGGUUCCCAGUUCUGUGGACACACUGGGUCAGCUUUUCCGCCCAGCUCCCCCUAAACGCACCUCUCCUGAGAAGUCUUCCUGGAUUUCUGCAGCUCAGGGCACCUCCCUGCUACCGCUGCACCUGCGCGCGUGCCCCCCUGAGAGUUGCCAGCUGAGGAGUUGCUGGUUUUCAGGAUCUUUUGGUGAACACUUACAGCAGUAGCUCCAGUUUGCUGUUUGGAAAUUUGACCAUUAAACAGGACCGGGCCCCAAAGGAGCCAAAGGUGAAGGAAGGAAGGCCCUGAGGGAAGACGGUGCGUGUGGCUGAGUGAAGACGGGGAGGCCAGCUUCCCCACGCCUCACCAUGGCAGCUGACCCGGCACCCUUCGGUCAGGAGGAGCUCGUGAUCAUCAAGGUGGAGGAGGACGAGGACGUCCCGUGGGAUCCGGAACCGUUCUCCAAGCCUCAGCCCCACACCCCUCUGCCUGCUCUCGGUUGGGACCCCCGGCUGUGCUUCCGCAGCUUCCGCUAUGAGGAGGCCUCGGGGCCCCGCGAGGCGCUGGUCCAGCUCCGGGAGCUCUGCCGCCAGUGGCUGAGGCCCGAGGUGCACUCCAAGGAGCAGAUGCUGGAGCUGCUGGUGCUGGAGCAGUUCCUGGGUGUGCUGCCCCACGACACCCGGGUCUGGGUGGAGUCCCAGUGCCCUGAGAGCGGCGAGGAGGCUGUGGCGCUCGUGGAGGACCUCGCUCAGAUGUUUCAGGAGACUGACUCAGAAGCCAUGACCUGUUUGAAGACUUUCCUAGCCUGUGAGCCUCCCAGAGCCCUGGUCCAGGCCCCUCCCGAGGACCAACAGCCCGGAGACCUCGCAGAGCCAGCCAAGCCCUUCUCGGAUGGAGCUCAGUAUCUUUAUUUCAAGCCCAGGAUGUCUGGAAGCAAGCGUAAAAGCAGCGGUGAUGUAGCUGGUACUGCUAAGAAGCGCCAUGCGAUAACAAUGGAAACGAAAGUGAAGAUAAUUGAGAGAGUGGAGCGAGGUGAGAAGAUGACAGACGUAGCUCGUUCGUUUAACUUGAACCGUUCAACCAUCGGCACGAUUGUCAAGAACAAGGACAAGAUCCUGGAACACGUGAAGUCUGCUGUGUCGAUGAUGUCGACGAUCAUAUCCAAGCGGCGUGGGAAAGCGAUGGAGGAGAUGGAGAAACUUCUCAGCGUGUGGUUGCAGGACCAGCAUCAGCGUCGAGCCCCGCUCAACAUAAUGCUGAUUCAAGAGAAAGCUAAAAGCCUGUAUGAAGACCUGAAGAAGAAAUACGGCGAAGAAUCAGACGGCCCGUCUUUUAAUGCCAGCUGUGGCUGGUUUUAUCGGUUCAAGGCCAGAGCCAAUCUUCACAAUGUAAAAGUAAGCGACGAGGCAAUGAGUGCAGAUAUGGCCGCUGCCCGGGAAUUUCCUGAAAUCCUUCGAGAGAUUAUUGAUGAAGGGGCGUAUUUACCAGAGCAGGUGUUUAAUGUGGAUGAGACAGGACUGUACUGGAAGAGAAUGCCAGACCGAAGUUACAUCAGUAAGGAGGAAAAGUUGAUGCCAGGUUAUAAAGCAGCAAAGGACAGGCUGACUCUGCUGUUUGGUGGCAAUGCUUCUGGAGAUAUGAAGCUGAAGCCUCUCUUGGUUUACCAUUCAGAGAGCCCAAAAGCCCUUAGAAAUAUAGCCAAGGGCUCUCUUCCUGUUGUGUGGAAGAGUAACCCCAAAGCCUGGGUUACACAGGCCAUUUUCCAGGACUGGUUUUUCCACCACUUUAUUCCGGAGGUAGAGAUAUACUGCUUGGAGAAGGACAUCCCAUUCAACAUUCUUUUGUUGCUUGACAGUGCUCCAGGCCACCCCCCGUUCAUGGACGAUUUUCAUCCCAACGUCAAAGUAGUGCGUCUCCCACCGGAUACUGCGCCCCUUAUCCAACCCAUGGACCAGGGAGUUAUAUCAACUUUCAAGAAAUAUUAUUUACGUCACACUUUUCGUCAGGCAGUAAAGGCGAGUGAUGAGUCAGGAACAACCUUGCGACAAUUUUGGAAGGACUAUAACAUCUACAAGGCCAUAAAAAACAUUGAUUUUGCUUGGCGUGAGGUUACAGCCGGCACCAUGAAUGGUGUAUGGAAGAACCUUUGUCCACAGUUUGUUCAUGAUUUUCGUGAAUUCGAGAAGGUGGAUGAGGAGUCCAGAGAGGUCUUCAGCAACUUAGUGACCCUCAGUGAGAAGCUGGAGCUGGAUCUGCAGGAGGAUGACUUCAUUGAACUCCUUGCCGUGCAACACGAGGAGCUCACAAACGAAGACCUGUUGGAACUUGAGGCCCAGAGAAAGGACGAAGAGAGACAGGAGGAGGAAGAACGAGGUGAAGAGCUGAAGAGAUUCACAAUGCAGGACAUGGCCAGGGGGUUUGCUCUGUUUGAGGAGGCACUGUUCGUUUUCGAGGCCCAGGACCCGAAUGUAGAACGGUACACAAAGGUUGAGGCAGCCGUUCAGAAUGCAAUCCAGUGCUACCGUGUCAUCUACGAUGAGAAGAAAAGAGCCACUGCCCAGACAUCCCUGGAUCGGCUUUUAAAGAGGGAGAUGGAAUUGAAUCCAGCAAGGAACCAGAACCUGUGCCUCGAAGUCAGGCCUGAAUGAUGUCACAGCCCGCCCGCUGUCUCCUGUUGCUGACGGUCCUUCUCUCUGCCAGCUCCCCCUCCUCGCUGAGCUCCACCAGUAACUUCUUGCCUGUUCACUCCAUGCCAGUCCCUCUAAUCAGGUGUUGUGCUAUACUCCUAUACUUUCUAAGGUAUUAUACUGUAAGAUUAAAGAUGCUUUAUUUA